AUGAAUUGGUUGUCUUGCUUAGCUGCCAAGAGAAUGGAAGCUCUGACGUCCAAAAGAGCUAAGCAGACAAGGCGAAGAAGCAUCAGAAUCGGAUGGAUCUGGGCUUUGGUGAAGGAGACAAAAGGGUCUGAUACGGAGGUAGGCGGAAGUGAUAAUGGGGCUGAAAUGAUAAAUUCAUUAGAGGGAAAACUAGGGCAGGAGAAAGUAAAGAGCGAAGGGUCAUCGAAGAAAAUGCAAAAGGAGAGGCUGAGGUUUACUGCAUUCAUUUUCGAAUUUGGAUUGGUUUCAGAUGAUGGGUUUUAUUAUUGUGAUGUUUGUGAGGCACGGAAGUUGAAGAACACCAACAUAAAUAUCGACAAUACAUUUAAUGUGAUUAACUUUGGAGCUAUUGGAGAUGGACAGAAAGAUGAUUCUAAGAUGUUUAAGCAUGCCUGGGAUGCUGCUUGUGAUACUUCAGCUCCAUCACCAACCUUUCUUGUACCUCAAGGGAAGACGUAUCUGCUGCAACCUUUAACUUUCAAUGGCAAACAUUGCAACUCUAAUAACAUUACGUUGCAGAUUGAUGGGAGAAUCAUAGCCCCAACCAAACCUUCUGCAUGGGACUGUGAAACAAAUUGUAACCAUUGGAUUGGCUUUGAAAAUUUCGAUGGUCUGCACAUUCAAGGAUCUGGUACCAUCAAUGGCCAGGGAGAUAAAUGGUGGAAACUUUCUUGCAAAGAUAACGAAAAGUCCUGUCAACAUCGGAAACCAACGGGUUUUAUGAUAGGACACUCCAAGAAUGUAGAUAUCAAAGGUUUAACCUUUGAAGACAGUCCACAAAUGCACAUUGCAUUCGAAAGCUCUACUUUGAUUCAUGCCACUGAACUUACAAUCAGAGCUCCGGGACACAGUCCCAACACUGACGGAAUUCACAUCCAACGUUCCACCAAUGUCUCUAUAGAUAAUUCAACCAUUCAAACCGGUGAUGAUUGCAUAUCAAUUGGCAAUGAAUCUAAAUACAUUAACAUUAGUAACAUCAAAUGCGGUCCAGGUCAUGGAAUAAGCAUUGGGAGCCUUGGAAUUAUGGGAAAAACUGAGGAUGUUGAAUUUGUUCAUGUAAGAAAUGUUACAUUCCAUGGAACAACUAAUGGAGUUAGAAUCAAAACUUGGCAGGGAGGACACGGUCAUGCGAGGAACAUUAAAUUUGAAGAUAUAACUUCCCAUUCUUCGACUCGACCUAUUAUUAUCGAUCAGUAUUAUUGCCCUCAUAAACAAUGCAAGAACCAAACAUCAGCUGUGGAGAUUAGCAAUAUAGCUUAUGAAAAUAUCAACGGGACAUCACAUAAAAAAAUAGCAGUGCAGCUUUCAUGCAGUGAGUCCAUUCCUUGCAAAAAUAUCACAAUGAAAGACAUUAACUUGAUAUACGAGAAGCAUAAAGACAAAACGUCAUCGUAUUGUCUUAAUGCUCGUGGCUUGAGAAACGGAAGGGUCCAUCCAAGUAUAUCUUGUUUACAACAAGAAGAUAAUUUUUAGGCUUUUUUUCUUUUUUUAAUUAGUUCAUAGUAUAUUGUUUAUAACAUGAUAAUUAUUUUUAGGUUUUUUUAAUUAGUAAAUAGUAUUCUUUAGGUUUAGGUUUAAUGAAUUAUCUAUUAAAUAUCACAUUUAAUAAAAAUUAUUAUAGACAAAGUUUUCACUAAUUUUCCAUAU